GGGGGCCUCUGGGGGAGCAGGAGGCCGAGCAAGGGGCGCCUUGGGUCUGGCGCCUCAUGGUCCUCGGCUUGUUCCGAUGAGAACCCAUCCAUAUUGUCUUAAUGGCUCUGUGAAAUGCACCUCGGGGUCCUUGUGCAGCUUCCCCCUCGCCUCAGCUCUGUCCCGCCUUCCCCCCACUUCUCCGCCCCGCCAACAACCCUGUGAGGUUGGUUAGGCAGAGGGAGGGGGGGCUAUGCUGCCUCCAGAGGCAAUUGGGACUCCUGAGCGUAUCCAGUUGCUGCUGAAAGCAGCAUGACGUGUUUUCUGUUGCAACAGUAAUGGAGAACCCAAUGACCACUUCAUCUCCCUUGUCACAUUUUCCAGAAGAUGAUGGCUCAAAAGAGAGUAAUGACGUUGUUCCAUCAGGGCUAAAUCAUUCAGAAGGAUCGUGCAUUGGCAGUGCCUCCCAGUCCGCCAACAAUCCAGAUUUUGCAGAGGACUUGCUGCACAGUCAACUGUUGCGAAAUGAGUCAUCUAAUAAAGCUGAAAAUAGCGAGCCAAGGCCUGAGGAGGAGCAAAGAACUAAGAGAGGAGGCUGGUCCAAAGGGCGAAAGAGGAAGAAACCCUUAAGGGAUAGCAAUGCUCCUAAAUCUCCCCUAACAGGUUAUGUGCGGUUCAUGAAUGAGCGGAGGGAGCAACUUCGAGCGAAGAGGCCAGAAGUUCCAUUCCCAGAAAUCACCAGGAUGCUGGGCAAUGAGUGGAGCAAACUCCCUCCUGAAGAGAAACGGCGCUACCUUGAUGAAGCAGAUAGGGAUAAGGAACGUUACAUGCGGGAGCUGGAGCAGUACCAGAAGACGGAGGCGUACAAAGUUUUCAGCAGGAAAGCACAGGACAGGCAGAAAGGCAAAUCGCAUCGACAAGAAGGAGCACGACAGGCUGCCCAUGACCAUGAGAAGGAAGCUGAUACAAAGGAGAGGUCCGUUUUUGAUAUUCCAAUCUUCACGGAGGAGUUCCUGAACCACAGUAAAGCACGGGAAGCCGAGCUGCGCCAGCUGCGCAAGUCCAACAUGGAGUUUGAGGAGAGGAAUGCUGCCCUGCAGAAGCACGUGGAGAGCAUGCGCACAGCGGUGGAGAAGCUGGAGGUGGAUGUGGUGCAGGAGCGCAGCCGCAACACAGUCCUGCAACAGCACCUGGAGACCUUGCGGCAGGCCCUCAGCAGCAGCUUUGCUGGAGUCCCUCUGCCAGGAAGUGGAGAGAUCCCCACAAUGGACACCAUUGAUUCAUACAUGAAUCGGCUGCACAACAUCAUCCUGUCAAACCCGCAGGAUAAUGAGAAUCUUAUAGCCACUGUCCGAGAAGUUGUAAACCGCCUUGAACGCUAGUGCCUGGUUUCUUAGGCCCUGGAUGUUUUUCUUAAAGGGAUGAAACAAAUGUGAGGAACGAGGGACAUGCUGGGAAUAAGCCGAAGACACUGGUUCUUGCUUACUGGACGAGCAUCUUCUGUGAGGACCCAGGAGCAGCCCAAGAGAAGAUGACAUCUCCUCUAUCCAACUUCCGGAGCAAGCUUGCACUGCUGUGUGCCAUUUCCUGUUAUUUAUCACCUGGCUGUGGGCACACUCUGGACUAGAAGAUGCCAUGGUGAUGCUUCCUUCUCUGUCAGGUCAAAGUUGUCUGUCUUUGGUAAUACAAAGCUCUGGAAUUUCUGUUGCCCAGGCUCUGACAGAGUCUCUCUCUCCCCCCAGCGCAGUCCCACCCUGUUUCCCUGCACCUCUGUUGCAUGCACUGUGUGCUCUGCUGGCCAUCAAAGCCUCUCUUCCAUUUGGUGAAAAUGUCUGCAGACGUCUGUUAAUUGCUAAAAAACAACCCUCUGUGAUAAUUCAGUAAAAAAAGAAAAGAAAAAGGACCAUCAGCUUUCUUUUUUCUCCCGGCAUUGUAAGUUCAAAACCUUCAUGUUGGACUGAAACCUUCUUUGUAGUUUGUUACCUAGUUGUUACAUGGUAGUCUUGUGAUUCAAAUAUCUCUUCUGAGCAACAGGAAAUGGGCCUGAAGGAGAAAUCACAUGCCCUUCCCCUUCUGGUAAUGUGUGGCCAUCCCAAAGAAAUAAACUAUGUAAACAGG